AUGUUCAACUCUGCCCAACAAGAGUCUCUUCCACAGUCACGCCCUCUCGGAUCAGGUCACAGUUUGCAGGCAGACCAAGCAACAAGUUCCGGUUUUGUACCACUCUCUGCCUCCUGGUCAAAAGCCACGCAUUCCGGCCGAUCAGGCCCGGCCGAAGCUACCAGUCUUACCUUUUCUACGCCGGGUCGGCACAGCACGGCCGGUUGCUUCUUCAGUUUUCCCGCCAUCCAUGGCCGGAAUAGUUCUGCCAGCAAUCCUCUCCCGCAACCACACCACUCCUCCACUUCCACCACUCCCGGUACCUUCAGCCUCCACUCGAAUCCCGCAAUUCUUCCGCGUGGCAGCAUCUUUGCCUCCACCGCGGUACAGAGGAGAGUGUCACAUUCCCUCUCACAGUCACAGCCUCGAGAUAGUCGUCUGCUGUCGUUGCUGAGCAUAUUGGCGGCAAAGCGAAUGUCGCGACGCUUUCUCACCUGCACAGAGAAACGAAUCUUUGCUGAACAAAGUAAGCAUGCAUCACCGUCUUAA